UUGAGAAAACAAUAGUAAAAUGUAAGUGAAGAAACCUCAAUGUCAAAACAAAGCUAUUGUUGAAACUAUAAGAGUUUUAUUAUUGAACAAAGUGAAUUUUUUAAAACAUUUUAAUAAAACUGACUUGUAAUAACAACUGUACAUUUGUAAGAAUUUAAAAUUUCUUUUCGAAAAAAAUUACAUUGUGAAACUCGAAAUAUGGGAUUUCGUUACCAACCCUAUCAAUAUCCAGGAACUUGCAGCUUAAAAGAGCAAGUUGACCACGUUGAACAUGAUUUGCUACAUUUAGGAAAUAAAAUUCGUGGACUUGAAGAUGCACUGGACAAUCCGGACAUUGAUCCAACAUUACGCGAUGUAAUAGAAGAAGAAAUCGUAGUGUUGAAAGCUGAAGUUGAUAAACAUAAACAAAAUGUGAAAACUCUGCACAAAGACAAAUCUAAACAGAUAGGCAUAAUUACCGUCCUAAUAUUUAUUAUAUUAAUCGUAUUCACUAUGUACAGAAUAUUUUAUUCUUGGUAUUAAAAAUUUCAUAUUCAAGUUCAAUCGGUAGUUUUACAUACAUAUGUAUAAAUAUACAUCAUACGAAUAAAAAAAUUCAAUUUCCUGUUUCUAUCUUUAAUGUUUUAUUUAAUUUCAGUAAAGUAUAUUAAAAUCUUAUCGUCUACCGGCUGCCCGUCCACGCCCACGACCACGAGGACCACCACGUCCGCGUGCGCCACGUCCUCUGCCACGAUUACCACCACGACU